AUGCCCGCCACUGAGGCUCCCGCCCCCGCGUGUCGUCCAGCAUGUCCGUGAGCGAGAAGGCGAGCGCGGCGGCGUUCGCGUACGAGUCGUCGGUGCACAGCACCCACCUGCUCCUCAGCCUCAACGACCAGCGGCAGCGGGACCUCCUGUGCGACGUCACCGUGCUGGUGGAGGACCGGCGGUUCCGGGCUCACCGAGCCGUGCUCGCCGCGUGCAGCGACUACUUUCUGGCCCGCGUGGUGGACCAGGCCCAGCAGCGGCCCGACCUCAUCAUCACCCUCCCGGAAGAGGUGACGGUGAAAGGAUUUAAGCCGCUGCUUCAGUUCGCCUACACGGCCAAACUCACUCUGACCCGAGCCAACGUGGACGAGGUCCGCCGGUGCGUGCGCUUCUUGGGAGUGCACAACAUCGAGGAAUCCUGCUUUCAGUUCCUCAGGCUAAAGUUCCUGGACUCGCCCGCCGACCCCCCGGAAUGCCCCCGGCCCGAGUGCCCGUCGCCUCGCUGCCCGCGCCGGGCCGGCCCGGACCCGGCCGCCGAGUCCGACGACGGCGGCGGGGAGGACUUCCCGGAGAAGGAGCCGGAGCGGGCGGCCGAGGCGGAGGGCUCGGUCCGGGAUUCGGCCGGGGGCGAGGAGGACGACGGGGCCCCGGGCCCGCCGUCUCUCUGCCCCAAGUACAGGAAGUUCCAGAAAGCGUUCGGGACUGACCGGGCGCGGCCGGCGGACCCGGCCGCCGGGGAGGAUCGGGCCCCGGCCGGCGGAACCACUCCUCCUCGGCCCGCCCCGGGGCCCGAGACCCCGGGCCCCGCCGACGUCCCGCCGCCGCCGCCGGCGAAAUGCCAAGGGACCCCGCCGGCCCCGGGAGCCGGGGAGGCGGCCGAGACGGAGGUCGGCACGCCGCGGUGCCCGCCGGAGGAGCUCCCGUCGGGGUCGCCGUUCCCCCCGCCCGCCGCCCUGGACCCCCACGGCCUCUACUCCCUCUCCCUGAUGCCCGUCUACGACCACUACGGGGACCUGGCCUUCGCCGGGGCGGGCGGCGCGGACCCCGGGCCGGAGCGGGCCGCCGAGGGGCCCGGGGAGGCCGGCGGGCGCAGCAGCGUGGAGCGGGAGGUGGCCGAGCACCUGGCCAAGGGCUUCUGGUCGGACGUCUGCGGGCCGGACGCCGCCGCCCGCCCCGUCCGCCUGUCGCCGGCGGCCGGGGACGGCGCCGACCAGCCGCCCGCCCCGGCCCAGAGGAGGUCCGAGUGCCCGUGGCUGGGCAUCUGCAUCAGCGAGAGCCCCGAGCCCGGCCCCCGCACCUUCGCCACCCUCAGCGCCGUCAGCUGCCCCUUCAUGAGCCACCUGGGCGCCGACGGCUGCUCGGACGGCGGCGGCGGCGACGACGACGGCGCUGCGGCCGAAGGGGCCCGGCGGGCGGAGGCGGAGGAGGGGGCGGCCACGGCCGUGGCCUGCCAGUACGCCUGCGAGAUCGGCCUGGGGGACGAGUCGGAAACGGACACCGAGGGGGACAGCGAAUCCUGCUCGGCGCGGGAGCAGGAGUGCGAGGUGAAGCUGCCGUUCAACGCCCAGAGGAUCAUCUCCCUUUCCCGCAACGAUUUCCAGUCCCUGCUGAAGAUGCACAGGUUGACGCCGGAACAGCUGGACUGCAUCCACGACAUCCGGCGGCGGAGCAAAAACCGGAUCGCCGCCCAGCGCUGCCGCAAGAGGAAGCUGGACUGCAUCCAGAAUCUCGAGUCGGAGAUCGAGAAGCUGCAAAGCGAGAAGGAGAGCUUGCUGAAGGAACGCGAUCACAUCCUGUCCACCCUGGGCGAGACCAAGCAGAACCUGACGGGGCUGUGCCAGCAGGUGUGCAAGGAGGCCGCCCUCAGCCGCGAGCAGAUCCAGAUCCUGGCCAAGUAUUCCGCCUCCGACUGUCCCCUCUCCUUCUUCAUCUCCGACAGAGGCGAGCCCCCGCCCGCCGCCGCCGCCGCCCCCGCCGCCGCCGGAGAGCCGGAACGCUGCUGCCGGGGCGGGGGCAUCACGGACUUCUGCCAACAGAUGACGGACAAGUGCACCACGGACGAGUAGCCCCGCGGCUCCCGCCUCCUCCCCGGCUCGGGCCCGGUCCCGAAAUCUCAAAGCCAUCUUCCGCCGAAGGAAC